AUGAAACGCGUAUAUCACCUCUGGCUGGGGAUGAUUUCGCUGUGCUCGGCCCUGGUCGCUCCAACUCAACAGUUGAUCCUGAGGGCCCCCAAAGACAACGACGUCCUUCCUUCAAUCUCCCCUCUCGGGGAGCAGCAACACGACCACCAUAAACAACCGGACACCGUUUCCACUCAACUGGUGGACAAGUUCGAUAACCCCCGGGGGGAUUCAAGCCAGCCCACAAGCCCACCACACGACCUGUUAUCCAAGAAAACUAUUUACGAGCUUAUCACCACCAGCAAACAUACCACAAUUCUAGCGAAGAUCGUCAACGACGACAAGGGCCUGAUCCAACUGCUGAACUCCACAAAGACAAACCAUACCCUCUUUGCCCCCAACGACCAUGCAUUCCAUGGCAAGACUCCAGACAUGUCCAAGGACGUCCUCAGAGACACCAUUCUAUACCAUGUAGUCCCGGGGGUAUAUCCUGCCACAAGUAUCUUCCAUCAUCGUACCUUGUCUACCGCGCACGAGGAACCGCUCUUGAAUAGUCUCCCGCAGCGACUCACCGUCCGUCUAGGCUGGAGAGGUAUCUCGCUGAAUUAUCAGAGUCGAAUAAUUGCCAUUGACAUUUGUGCUUCCAACGGCAUCAUCCACACCAUCAACCACGUCCUCACCCCCCCUCCCCGAAUUCUCAAAAAUAUCGAAUCCACCCCAGUCCAAUUCAGCACCUUCACAUUAGGUCUCCUACGAACGAACCUCCUUUCCACACUGGACACUGAAAACGUGACUUCCCAUCCGGGCGGGACCAUCUUUGCACCGUCAAACCAAGCCUUCGGACGGCUCGGCGCCCGAACAACCGCCUACCUGUUCUCCCCCGCGGGGGAGGGUCUCCUGCGCGCGUUACUGAAGUAUCAUAUUGUGCCGGGAAGGACGCUCUACUCCGACGUAGUGUAUACCGCUGCGCGUGAGAUUCAGCCUUUCGGGACAGAGGGGUCGACUCAUCUUAAUUUGCCGACGAUGUUGCACGAUGGGGAGCUCGGUGUGGAUGUUGUGAGGAUUGGGCCGUAUGCGUCGUUGUCGGUGAAUGGGCGGAGAAGGGUGGUGUUUCCUGAUGUUUUGGCGAGGGAUGGGAAUCUGUUUGUUGUGGACCGGGUGUUGAUUCCCCCGAAGGAAGUGGAUUGUGAGGUGCUGGGUUGGACGGAGGAGCAGGACGAUGAUGAUGAGGGGAUAAUAUUAGAGGAUCUGAUAAGUAGACUGGAGUGUUACACGGGGGAGAUAAAGAGGUAUGAGUUGUAA